AUGGCUGAUUAUAUUGAACACUUUCACCCAUUGGGAGCAAGAACGAACUUGAUGGAGAACGAACAACCUUUGGUUGCAAGAUUUGUUGGAGGCCUACGCAUGGACAUCAAAGAAAAGGUAAAACUACAACCUUUUCACUUAUUAUCUGAGGCUAUUUCCUUUGCUGAAACAAUUGAAAAGGUGAAUGAAAUUCGCUCCAAGAAUUCAUCAAGAAGAACUGCAUGGGAAGCCUCCGCAAGUAGGAAGGUGAAUGCUGCAAAUAAAACAUCCGACUUACCAAAUCCUCCACCUUUAACCAAAAUAAAAGAGAGAAAAAAUCAAGAAGGGGCCGAGGAGAAGAAGAACCCUUACUAUGGGCCCUCUUUGGUACCAACUCUACUCACUCCCAAAGAAGAUGCCAAUUGGAGAAUGUGCGUGGAUAGUAAAGCCAUCAAUCGAAUCACGGUGAAGUAUCGUUUUCCAAUUCCUCGAAUAAGUGAUUUACUUGAUCAACUUGGAGGAGCCUUAAUCUUUUCAAAGGUGGAUUUGAAGAGUGGAUACCACCAAAUACGAAUUAGGUCGAAGAUGAGUGAAAAACGGCCUUUAAGACUAACGAAGGCUUGUUUGAGUGGCUUGUCAUGCCAUUUGGCUUAUCAACUGCUCUGA